UUUUAUAAAUCAACCCAAUGUUUUUUUUGUUGUUGUUAUAAAUUUGUAUAAUAAUUGUCAGUUUUUCUUAGGAGGUCGUUGUGUAUGGUGAUUAGUUUAAUAAUAUUCCUAUUGCUACAAAGGAAAUUGAAAACGCAUUGUCGGAAAUGAGAGUCGGGUGCAUCCGGUAUUGUGUGGGUCGCUUUAGGAUUUUGCACAAAAUAAAUAGCAUUGAUUUCUCUGUUAAUAUUAAUUCAAUACUAAAGUUCUGCUGGCGUUUAAUUGUUUCGAAUAAUAAUUUACUCGAAAAUAUGAGCUCCGACAGUGGGUUAGUGGAAUCUGGCUUUUUAAAUACUAUAGGGGCGGACCCCUAUUGUAAUCUAUACAUAUAAAUAAAAUUGGAGUGUCUGUUUGUAAUAUUGAAUUAAUCGCUUUUUACUACAUGCAGAUACGGUACAUAUACCAAAAUAACAUUUUUUACAAUUUUUGUGUCUGUCUGUCUGUUUGUUCCGGAUAAUCUCUGGAACGGCUGUACCGAUUUUGAUGGGACUUUCACUGACAGGUAGCUAAUGAUAUAAGGAGUAACUUAGGUUACUUUUUUAGACUAGCUUCGUCCCGCGGCGUCACCCGCGGUUAUUGUUGUAACAUCGCGGGACUCAACUAUCAAUAAUAAAAUUUAAUGUUUCCGAAGCGAAGCGAUGGCAGGUUGCUAGUUAUAAAUAAGAAUAAUCAAACGAAUAGAUCAUUGAAAACCUAAAUAACUAAUGCGAUAUUAGUGGUUUUGAAGUUUUUGAAUGGUUUUUGUUUUAUAAAUAACUAGCCGUACUCACCCGCUUCUGUGGGCAUUUAAAGUUAACAUUAUUAUUUAUUGUCAUUAUUAUUAGGGAGCCCAACACUCAUAUAAAUAUUAGCCUAUCCAUUAAGUACAUGUAUUUUCUACAUGGAUACCAAGUUUCAAGUCAAUCGGUUGCAUGGUUCAGUAGUUAUAACGGAACAUCCGUAAAAACCACUGUAGAUUUAUAUAUUAAUUAAGUUUAGAAAGUAUAGAUACCGUCUCUUAGAAUCACCACGUAAAUAAUGAAAUACGUACUCAACAAAUGUUCUCGAUUGACUUCCACGGUGAAGGAAUAACAUCGUGUAAUAAAAAUCAAACCCGUAAUUACGGGUAGUAGGACCUCUUGUGAGUCCGCCGGGGUAGGUACCACCACCCCGCCUAUUUCUGCCGUGAAGCAGUAAUGCGUUUCGGUUUGAAGGGUGGGGCAGACGUUGUAACUAUACUUGAAACCUUAGAACUUAUAUUUCAAGGUGGGUGGCGCAUUUACAUCGUAAAUGUCUAUGGGCUCCAGUAACCACUCUUAACACCAGUUGGGCUGUGAGCUUGUCCACCCAUCUAAGCAAAAAAAAAAAAACUAAAUGCAUAAUGUGAAAUAUCGUGAAGUUAAGAAAUUUAAUCCUUUUGAUAACAUGUUUUCGCUUACGAUGCACUGGCUUCAUGUAGGUACCUUGCUUAUAUUGGAAAUGCGCUGACAGAUUCUAGGAACUCACCUAAGUUUUAUACGUUGAAACGCGGAUCAUCAUAAAAUGUUUUGUUAGUUCGUUCUCAGAUUUAAUAUCCCUCGAGUAUCAUAUUCUUAUUAUUCAAAGGUUGCAUUUAUAUCUAUACAGGUAUACGAUUCUUGGAUCUUGAUUUUUAUUUUAUGAAAUUAUGAAGAAGCUCUGCAAUUUAAUGCUUGAAUACUCAAUAAGAUAUCGUACUCAUUAGUGGACGAUCGACAAUAGACUUUUAAUUGGACUAAAAACGACUCAGAAUUUGUCAUAUAAAAAUUUUCUUCAGUAAUAAAUUAAGAAAAGAAAAUAGGAACUAGUCACAUCGCAAAAUUCAGAUGUAAGAAAUCUACACAAGUUUUUAAACUAGUUUUCAGGCAGGUUAUAUAUAUCCUAUAGAUAUUUAUCUUUUUCGUGUCGCUUUUCAAGUGUAAAUUUCGUUUCAUCGUAUUUUAAAUCACAACGGAAAAUUUUGAGUCAACUUCCUUAAUUGAAAAGCAUGACACGUGACAUUCCCUUUCGAGAAUCUAAAUUCGUAUCGUCUUUAACGCAAGAUAAAGAAUUCGUGUCUCUUAAUGAAAAUCAACCCAUAGACGAGUAACUUCUCAUUAUAGAAACAAUUUCUAUAAUUAAGUUACCGUUUGUAGGAUCCAAACUUUCAUUUGCACUGACAACCAUCCAGACAACCAAUGCAUUCUUAGAACCUAACAAAUAGAGAAUGAAGACCGACGUAUCGACAAAAUGCUUAUCUUUACGUUUCUAUUCAGAGCUAACUCAAUUCAAAGUGUAGAUCUUUUCAUUGUUUUUCAUUGUUUCGUAACGACGAAGCGUUUUAAUUAGCGUUAAGAUAAAUGCAGAAUUAUGUAUUUCGAAUAUAAACGAUAACACAGUUUCAGUAAAAUAGGCCAUACAUUCCAUAGAAAAUAUAUCGCCCUAGAAUUAUAUUUGUUUUUCCUGGGAUACAUGAGACAAUAAUUCGUUGCACUUCUAUACGCAAUUUUUUAUUGUUUUCAAAUUUUCUACUACUUUUUAUUAUUUUCUAUUGUAUUUCUAGCAUAUAUCUUUAUAGUAUAUUUAUGAUGGGACUUACAGUAAUACCGUGCAUGAGAUUAGGAUUCCUUUGUUUGAGUGUUGCAUUGAAGUUUUGAUAUGUAUAGACUCCGGUAACCGUACAACUAUAGGUAGGCUGUGAGCUCAUGCCGGAUCUUCUCAGUGGGUCGCGUUUCCGAUCCGGUGGUAGAUUCUGCGAAGCACUGCUCUUGCUAGAGUCAGUGUUAGCAACCCCGGUUGAGCCCCGCGAGCUCACCUACAAACGUUAGGGUGAAGCUGAAAUAGCCUCUCAAGGCUAUCAGCAUAGGUAGGGAAAAAAAAGUGAGCUCUUAAAAUUAAAUUGCAUCGAAUAAAUGUGAAAUAAGAAUGAACUCAAUAAUUACCUAUUAAGAUAUUAAGUUGCAAUAUAAGUCUUUGGUAGCAGAAUCCCUAAGGAAAAUUACUUUUUUAACUGUGCAUUAUAAUGUGACAUUGUUUAAUUGACAAUUGACUGAUUAAUGAAUUGAUUGACAAUUAUUAUUGAGUCAAUAAUCUCCGAUGCGUUGGAUAUUUUGCAGUUUUCGUGAUCAUUCACGAUCAGAAUUUACUUGAGCAUGGGCGUAGUGUUAUAAAAGGAAAUUCCUGUUUUUAGUAUUUCGUGAACAUAGUUGUUCUUCUUAUCAAAUUUAGCUCGGUUUUUGUAGGAAGUGAUUUACGGAAGGAAGUCGUACGUCAAUUAAAUAGAUUCGAACAUGGGACAAAAUUCAAGCUAUAAUGAAGUCUGAAGAGGGCCUCGGUAUCGAGUACGACGAGAAUGUAAUUUGUGACGUGUGCCGAUCGCCGGACUCUGAAGAUGGAAAUGAAAUGGUGUUCUGCGACUCUUGUAAUAUUUGCGUUCACCAGGCUUGUUAUGGCAUAACUGUUAUCCCCGACGGUCAGUGGCUGUGUCGACCGUGCGGCGACGGUGUAAGACCUGUCUGUGUUCUGUGCCCUAACCUCGGUGGUGCCAUGAAAUGUACUCCACUCGGGCGGAAGUGGGCACACGUCAGCUGCGUCUUAUGGAUUCCAGAGGUGUCUAUCGGUUGUGCUGAAAAAAUGGAACCUAUUACAAAAAUAUCUGCUAUACCCGCGUCCCGAUGGUCGCUCGUAUGUGUUCUUUGCCGCGAACGUAAAGGGGCUUGUAUUCAAUGUUCUGUUAAAACUUGCAAAACAGCUUAUCAUGUUACUUGUGCGUUUAAACAUGGUUUAGAAAUGCGUGCGAUAAUUGAGGAUGAAAAUGCCGACGACGGCGUAAAGUUACGAUCUUAUUGUCAGAGGCAUAGUGUUAAUUCGAAAAAAGAAAAAUGUCCAGGUUCAGGUUCAGAAGAGGAGGAGGUUAAAAGGAAACGCCGUAAAGAUAUGACUUCAGAGGAAAAAACUCAAGCUCGUGCCGCGCGAUUGCAGGAGAUAGAGCGGGAGUUUGACAAACACGUGAACGUAAAAGAUAUCAGUACGCAUUUAUUAGAUGUUGAUCAGGAUGCUAUUCAUUAUAUUUACAACUACUGGAAAUUAAAAAGGCGGGCGGGUCACAACCGUCCCCUUUUGCCACCUAAAUCUGAUGAUAGUGAGCUCCUUACUCAUAGACAGGAACAAGCCGACCUCGAUAAAAUGAAAAUGUUUGUCCAGCUCAGGCAAGAUCUUGAAAGGGUUCGUAAUUUAUGUUACAUGGUUAGUAGGCGAGAAAAAUUGUCUCGAUCGUUUUUUCGUAUGAGAGAACAAACAUUUCAUAAACAAAUCUCACUUUUAUCUUCUGGAACUGCUAUUCCAGACCAUGAAUUGACAGCUAUAAUAGAAGCAAAUCACGGUCCUUCAAUAUAUGAUCGACUUUAUUCUCAUCCCAAUGCCCCUGAUCAUAAAAAUGACUUUGACGAAUUAAUGGCGCGAAUAGCUCCGCCUGAGUCGGGUGACGAGAAAAAAAAAGAUCGCAAUGGAUUAGUUCGAAGUUCGAGAGCGGCAAAUCCCUACAAGAAACACUAUGUUAAUGGAUCGCGUCGAAGUGGUAGUAUGUACAGUGGUCUCUCUAGUGAAGAAAGUGCACCAGAAACGAAUAGAAGACAUCGCGGCAGGACUGGUUCAAGUACUGAUGAGGACGAAAAAAAACCUACUACUUCGCCAAAAAAAAAGAUCUCUGCAAAAUCGAAGAGUAAGAGAUCUCCAAAAAAGCCUGAGAGAAAGAAGAAAAAAGUACCACAAUCUAAAGCUUUUGUUGAAAGCAGCAGUGAGGAUGAAACUAUAGUAAAAACAAGUAAAAUAAAAAAGGACAGAACUCGUAGUAAGACCCUACAACAAAUGGAAAAGGAAAUGACUGCAGGAAAGGUGGGACAGUCUGGUACUGACAGUGAAGAUUUGAUGCCAAUGAGAACUACAAGAAACAAUAAGUUUCCUUUAGAUAUCUAUUCCGAUAGUAGCGAGGAUUUGGCACGUAACAAAUCAGAUUUCAAAGUUGCAGACAAAGUAAAGCUUGAAAAGUCUAGAAACGAUAAAAUAAAGACUGAGAAAUCUCCCAUUGUCAAUGAUUCACAACAAUCACUUCCUCGAACUAAAGCAGCUAUGAAGGAGUUUGUUCCUUCACAGUCUGAAAAAAAACUUAAUGCAAUUGAAGAUGAAAAACCUGCCCCUAAAAAAAGAGGCAGAAAACCAUCAAAUAAAAACGAGAAGGAUAAAAAAAACAUCCCUAAACUUGAAGUGGAUAGUCAAGUAAAAAAUAGAUUAAGUGUUAAGUAUCUAAAGAAAAAGCACAAUCCAACUGAUUUGAUAGUUCCCCAAAGACAAGCAGCAAAAAAAGCUUCAGAAAAUAUGCGUUCAACUGCUGCCGUUAAAAAAGAAGAACUACCACCGGAAAAACUUACCGAAGACUCAAAAAGCAAAAUUAAGUUUAAAGACAAAGCAAAAGAUAAAGAGAUUAAAGAAGUCCCAGGUAAAAUCAAUAGAAAGAAAUCUAAGGAUGCCGAGAAAGAAACAAUAGCAUAUGUUCCUCAAAGACAAGCAGCAAAGAAAGCUGCUGCACAUAUCAAAGGAGGACUUGGUAACAAGCAACCACUUCUUGAAUCAGAUAAUGAUAAAAAGAAAGAUUUUGCACGACCUGAAACAUCCAAAAUAUCACCCAAGAAAGAGGAAAUAAAAGUUAUUAGAGUGCCACUAAAACAAAGUUCUAGUUCUUCUUCAAACUCUAGUAGCAGCAGUUGUUCAUCGUCUUCGAGCUCGGAAGAAGAACAAGAGAAACACGAAAUUAAACCAAUCUCCAAAGCGCCAGAAAUAAAACCUGCUAUUAGAAAACCUUCUAUGUUUUCACCUCAACCAACUACUAGACCGACAGUGGACUUGCCCUUUCUUGACAAGGUGUCCAAGCCGUUGUCUUCAACGAGUGCUUCGAGUGAUACCGACAGUUCAAGGGACUACAACAGAUCAGGAUCUGAAAGUCCCACUCCAAGAAGACCAAGACGAAGAAGGAAGGGGAAAAGUAUUUCAACUGAUGCGUCCCCACGCAAGACCCUUGACAAGAAGCUUAAAACUUCCGAACGGGGGUUCGAGUGUAGGGUACCAUCACCGUCUGUUGAAAGAGCGGAAUCAAUCCGAACCAACAACGCGCGUGCUGCCUCACGUGCUCGGACCAGAAGCAUUACUGCAAGCGGAAAUUUGUUUGAUAAGCCUGAUGCCGGAUCUAGAAAACCAUCCAAAGACGACCCAGAACCUACCCUUGGACCAGAUAAAUCUACGAAAGAGAGCAACCAGUCCUGUGAACUUCCGGCUUCGGAGUGGAAAGCGAACGAGGAAAUAAAGCAAGAGAUAAAAGUAGAAGUAACAAAUUGUGAUGAACCAGUCAAAAGCGAAGUUACAAUAAAGCCUUUGACAAAAAUGCAACCUACCUUAAGUGAAGAAAAAGUUGAACCACCUGAACCACAGCAAAUGAAUGAGGCUAGUCCUAAAAAGAAUGCUGAUUUAAAACAGAAAUCUUUAACAAGUAGGCGUAUGAGUGUAAAGGAACCAGUAACUGUUAAAGAGAUUAAACUGCUGCCAGAAGAAAUACGUCAUCCCGUAACUAAAGAACGUAGAAUGAGUAAACAUGAAGUUAAUGCCGUAGGAGAGCGUAGUCAUUUGUCACCGAUAAAAAAGCCUGUUUCUAUUGAGAAGGUAGUUCAAAUGUUGCCUGAAAAGAAAAGCCCAAUUCCAAUCAACGAUGCAUACACCGAUAAUGAUAAAGAUUGGUUACCAAAAGCACCCAGUCCAGUUGCGCUUCCAACGCCGGUUGAAAAACCCGGAGGACACGAAAAAUAUAUGACCGAAGACAAGUCGCUAGACUCUGACUCUGCAGACAAAAGCAGUGUUAAAAUGAUUGCCAAAAUCCAAGCGAAUUUAAAUGAAAACACUAUGAUAAAAUCUCCAAAAACUCCUAUGGAUGCUAGGACAGCUACAUUGGAUUCAUUAGAUGUUGAUCAUGCUAUGAUAAGAAACAUUAGAAAGCGUUCCAUAUUAGACCCGGAAAGAAAAUUUAUAGCUCAAGAUGCUAGUCACGUCCAAGGAGUUGAGAUAUCGAAAAGUGCGAAGAUUCCAUCGGCCGUAAAUCCUAAUAGGUCAAUGUUUUCGCCGCAACCAAAAGAAAAUGACUUUGAUUAUGAAAUGGUGGCAAUUGAUGAUGGCUUUAAUCACGAUGAUAUUAUGAAAAGAUUCGGUACCUACCCCGAAUUUUUAUUUAAAGAAGAUACAAAAGAACAAGGUGUGCAGGAGACCCUUAAUCUAGUUGACAGACUGAGAAUGCAACUCAUAUCGAAGAAAAACACUGUCGAGGUUUCUGCACAAGGAGAACCGUUCAUAGAAGCAAAAGAUGAAAAGCCCGAAGACUUAAAAACUAUUAAAAGAGAUUACGAUCAAGAACCGGUACAAGAGAAAGAAGAAGCAUUAGAUUUGCAUAACGCUAGAGAUCUUACAAAAGAAGCUUGUCACCCUGUGAAUCAUAAACCGCAUCCUAUACCACACACCGACUUGGCUAGGGAUAACAGGGAACACAAGUAUGACACAAAAGAUUACGAUCGUCCUAUAGCAAUGACUAGCGGUGAUAAAUGGUCAGCCGGUCCCGUUGCUAUGACGAUACCGCACGAUCGUGAUCCCGAUCAUGGUCAUGAUCGUGAAUUACAUGCUGUUCGAGGUAAUGACCAAAAAUAUGAUCAUAUACCUUAUAACGAUGAAAUGAAAGAACCUCCGACGGUUCAAUCGGACAUACAAUCCCUGUCCGAAACUGGUGACACAAUAUCUGUGUGUAAACAUAGUGAUGAUUCCCAGUCGAUUUCUGUUGUGGACCACUCUGUUAACAGCAACGAUAAUGACCUAACCCAGGACAAUCAAAAUUAUGAUAAUAAUAAUUCUUUGAUACAUUCUGAUUGCGCUACAAUCUCAUCGCCGUAUGUAAGUCAGGAUAAGUGGAGAGAAAGCAAGAUUACCACCAGGCGAUCUUCUGCUUCGAGCACUAAUUCGGACGCAUCCAUUUGCUCUCAAAAAGCUGCUUUAAAAUCACAUUUGAGUGCAUGUGAAAUAUCUGCUCGUCAAGUUACUAUAAUGCCUGAAAUUGAUUCAUAUCCGCCGGUCCCAGCCUAUUCAUGUACCGUGGAACCAUCAAUGCCCUUAAAUCAGUAUUCUGCUUACCCUCCGAAUGCUUCACCUUAUUUAGGUACAUUAUCGUUACCAUUAUUUGGGAAUCCAGCCUCGCAGCUACCAUUGCCUUCGCCCGGACCUCUUUAUAGUGGAUUGCCAUAUUCAACCACUCCUUUAAUGCCUCCAAAACCUUCGUUUACAAUGUGUGCAGCGUUUACAUCCUCUUCUCAAAAUAUGGCUCUUACCACAGCAAUGAUAGCUUCACCUACACCAAAAGGUUCCGAGUCACCACGUGAUGAAAUCGAUGUUACGGGUAGUGACAAAUUUACCAUACAUGUAGCGAGUAGUCCAAGUAUCAGCGUUGAUUCUUACGAAGCUAGCAAUAAGGCUCCACCUACUAAAAUGUCUAAUGAUAGUCAUGACAGUAUUGUAAGUAUAAAUCAUGAAUCAAAAUCUCCAUCAAAAACGAAACCAGUUACGAAGUUUCCUGGGAAGUCACCAGGGAAAAGUCCUGGAUUUUCACCUAAACAAAGUGAUACGUCAAAGGGAACUAAAAGAUCGACUAACAGAAGUAAUAGGAACCAACGUGGUCGAGGACGUUCUAAGAGUAGAGGUCAUGCCUACCCCCCUGUUGAUUAUUCAGGAAACUCAAUUCAAAGUAAAUUAGUAGGAACAGUAUAUGACUUUCAUGAAGAAAUUGCCAAUGAUAGUGUUGAUCUAAAAGCUUUACGAGAAAGACGAAAAUCAGUAGAUUUAUGUAAAUCCGUUGAUGAUAGGAAACCUGAUCUAUCUUAUAAGGACGUGUCUCGGUCGCCUACCGCUGUAUCUUCUUCGCCUACUACAAAAAUGCCUAAUAUUAACGAUACAAAAGAAAUAAAACCUCCAACUUCUGAGCCUGACGAAAAACCUACUUCUCCUUCUGAGAACGAUGCUUCUGAAGAUGGUCCUGGCUUUUCACGCGUUCAUGCGGUAUUGCCAGGUCCAGUUGACAUGAGAACGUACCAGUCCGUCGAGAAACCAGUUCCUGCUGCUGCAGACCAAUGUCAUUUGCUAGCUUUUGCGAGCGGCACAGCGGAUCAGCAUUUGCCUGAAAUAGACGAAGAAGUGGAAAAAGAACUGCACUCAGCGUUAAUGGCGAGCAAGCCUGGGGAACAUUCACCGCCGCAACCUAAUAUCGCGCUUGAACACAAUGUCGUACCCAAACAAAUUUAUACUCCUCAGCAUCCGAAAGUUUCGCUUUCAGAUUCGCGAAACCAAUUGAAAGUAAAAAUAAAAGGACCAUUUUUGGAUGCUAAUUACGCAACAAGUCACAGUCAGCCCCAGGUUGCUCCCCCCACACCGGCGCCCGUACUCGAUACCAGCACAAAUGUUGUGAACACGAUUGGAAUAUCGGCUUCCACUAUGAUGACUGGUUCGACGAAUUUGAGACGUAUGAGAAAGAAGGAACUAUUGCGUCAAUAUUGGACGCAAGACAUGAAUAUGGACGAUCCGGCUGCUACAUCUGCGAUGACGUUACCACCGCCUGCCGUUCCAUCGCCCCUCACGAGGGCUGUAAUCACAAUACCUAAAGCUGUUGCGUCGAUGACCAGUAUACCGACGCGAGAAGACUAUAAAAUUGCGGAAACACCCGCGGAAAAGAAAAAGCGAAAGGUCUCAAGUGGCCUUUCUCGCGAAUUACGUCAUUUGGAGGUGAGCAUGAACGAUGACGUUGAUCCGUCAGACGAUAUUAAGUUGUCUUCUAUGGCUAGUUCCUCCAAUCAAGCGCACAAGAGAAGAGGACGUGCUACGACUAAGCCAAAUAAAACUACAGCCUCACAGAUCGCUCCGAAACUUAAAAUCAAAAUCGGUGCCAACAUAGUACAACAAGUUAACGACGAAACAACCGGCGACCAGUUUCGCCCUCCGAAAAAACGGUCGAUACACAAAACUUGCUUAGAAGACAUUCGACGGGAGAACAUGAAGUUCCGUCGAAAGGUCAUGGCCGAUUUCGAAGAAACGGAAAAGGCCAAGAAAUACAAGCCGAGCAAAAGUGAGAAACGUAAAAAGAAAAAGGACAAAAAAUCUGAGAAACUUCAAGUGGUGAACAGUGAAAGUGAAAGUGCUACUAAAUUAAUAAUAAAGAUAAAGCGUAAAAAGGAUGAGAUUUCUAACGUGAACGCUUUGACCUUGGCGGGACCUAGCGGCGCCGUGUCGGUGGCGCCCGAACCGGUGCUCGAUCCGUUCGGCUACGACCCGACCGCGCCAGACCCGCUCGCCAUCGACACGCCCUCGUACAUAGAGGCGAGCGCCGCCAUGCGCAAAGUCCGCACCGCUAAGGUAACACCGAUUCGAUUAAAAUUAGCGCGCAGCUCACAGGGCUCGGGCUACGUGAUGAAGGAGGCUGUGGAGCCAUCCGCCAAUGAGCCCAUGCCCGUUUCUAUCAAUAAACACUGUGAAGUGAGGUGAUAUAGAAAGCGCCGCCGCCGCCGCAGGUAUUAAGUGGACUGCCUUUCGUGCCGAUACCGGCGAACGUAAAAUCUCGUGUACAGUUAAAAAAUAUUAACGUAUAGUGUCUGUAUAUUUUAAAAUUAAUAUUAUCUUGUAAUGAUGUAGUUUACUAUAUUAUUUAUUUGUAUAAAUCGAAAGCUCAAUGUCUAACUAAAAGUUAUUCUAAGAUUAUUAUAAUAAAUCUUGUGUGUUGUGCAUUGAGGAAUGCACAAAUAAAUAGAAAAAAAAUAAAAUAUAAUUAAUUCAUAAUAUAUAUUUUUGUUAAUGUUACUGUUUUCUUUGUGCCUCAUAUUGAAUCUCAUUAAUUUGUCUUUCGAAAACGUAUGUAUAUAUGGAUGUUAAGUAUGGAACGCUUCGCGCGUUACUUUUCGUUAUCACAAAAAAAAAACCAUGUCGACACAUCUGCGUGGUGCGUGGUAAUGAGGGCGCGGCGAGGUUGACUUCCGCUUUCAUUCGAUAUCCUAAUAAUCUAUCUAACAAAUGAUCCCUAACGGCCUACGUCAAUAAACUAUUUGGAUAUCUUAUUUUUAUACGAUGUGUUUAUUCAAAUUAUUUUUAACAAAAAGGUACAAACUAAAACGCAACAUAUCAAAUAACAACGAACACAGUAUAUUGUAAACAAAUAAAACAAAUCUUAUCUCUUAUUAUCAUACAUUUAUAAAAUUAGCUCAAUGUUAGAAUAAAUUUAUACAAUUCUUUUUUAUUAAUAAUUUUCAAUGAAACAUGUUGACAUUUAUUAUUGUUUUUACAAUUCAUUUAUUUGUAUAUUAUUAUUUCUACAAUUCAUUUAUUUGUAUAGUAAUUUUAUUUGAUUCUCCCAAUAUUAUAAUAUUUGACCCAAUAGUAAGUAUUAAAUUAAAAAAAGCGAAGUCAACCUCUCUGACCUCUCAUCAAAUUAUCAUCACUCGGUAUUCACCAAAGAAAUUUAAAUCAAAGUUACUUACUGAUAAAGGGCAUUAAAAUAAUUUGAGUAUUUGACAGAAAAAAAAAACAUCCGUACGAUUAUUAUUGAAAAUAGAAUCCAUGUUAGCCUGAUACUUUUACUAACAUGGUGUGAAUACUAAGUGUCAAAAAUGUAUUAAUGUAAUUAUUUAUCGAAAUUUGUAUUAUAAUCGUUUCGACAGUACGGUUCAGUUCAGAGCGGUUAGUGUGUGAUAUUCGAGAACGCUGGACGUUUCCUGAUUAAUCUCAUCGUGUUUGUUGUUCUAAACUUUGUGUACUGUCGACCUUUAGAUAAUAAAAAUGUGAGUUUUCUUCACGACCAAUACUGUAAAGAAAUGCAAUUAAUAUUUUCAUGUUGUGAAUGUCGUAAGCGGUGUGUUUCGCGAAUAACCAUAGGAUAUAGAUAACUAGAGGCCUGACUGUUCUAAUCGAUGUUUAAAUAGAAAAACCUAGGAAUUUUAAUAGUAUUACGAAAUAGCUGUGUGGACUUGAUGUAAACAAACCAUUUCAUUGACAAAAUAAUCGAAUAAAGAAUUUACCGUCUUCUAUCUGUAACAGUUUUAAUGUAAAAAUGAACCAAUUUUAACAAUUAAAUAGCUUUAAAAAUGAAUAGUCGGUGUAAAGUAGAAAACAUUACAGAACAUUAAAAAAUAUUUGACACUUUCUGUAGGCGGCGACCAAAACUGUCUUUUGUGUCUAAAUAGUCGUAUAAAUUUAUAUUUAUAAAGUCGAGCUUCGUGACAUAAAAAGCACAGAUGUUAAAUUGUACAGUUCAAUUAUACUUAAUGGGUUCGGAAACCCAUUGUAAUGUAAGAUGUUGUUGUCAUAAACAUUAAUUGAAUUUUAGGGCACUAAAAUAAAAGUAAGUAUAAAAUAAUGAAAUCGUUACAUUAAAAUUAUAGUUAUAUUAUAUGUACGGAUGUUAGAAUAUUGACUCGAAUCUGUAAUAUCUCUGAAUUUGAAGGCUUAUUGUACAUACGUAAUUAAUUAUACUAUGGUUUGUUUGCAAGAGUUGUAGCACUAUUUCACAGUAGUAUUAAAAGAGAGAAAAUAAGAAUAGUUUCAAAGUUGAAAUGUAAAUUGAAUGUCGAUGGUAAUUUUAGAAUUUAGACAUAAAAUCCUUUGUGAAUUUGAUUGUAAACGAUAAGACUUCGCUAAAACUAACCGAUAACGACGUUUGAAUAUGAAAAAUGACGUUGGAUUUGUAAAAAUAAAAACACAUCGGAAUUAGUAGUGACAUAGCGGUUUUAAUGAGAUUUAUUGUAAAUUAACACUUUAAAAAAAAAUACAUUAGUUUCUUCAUCGCACUAUUAAAAAUCUUCAUCACUACGCGGAUCAUUAAAUCAAAGUUAUUUCACAAAAAAAUACAUAUGUUAUAAAUAAUAAAUGAAAUAAACGAUAUAAGUAUUAAGUCAUGACUGAUUCGGAUGCUUGUUUGAAUGUGAUUGUGAAUACAAAAUGGUUUGUGCAAUAUUUGGCAAUACUCAUCGCGUAGUCAUGGUUGUAUGACCGUAGACGAGGUCUUAGUUAUAAGUACAUGUUCGUGUAUAGUAAGUACAGUGAUGAAGCGCGUUCAUAAAGAAAUCUUCACAUUGUAAAUAGUAACAUUAUCAUUAGUCAGGCUUUGUUCAGAAUACGUGAUUAGAAAGAAUCAUGUUCUUAUCAAAUUUUACAAUAUAAUAUUAUUCUUUAAUGUAGCCACAGUUCAUGUUAGAUAUACGAAAUAAUAAUAAUAGAUGUUUGUAAUGUUUAUUCAAAGAAAUAGAUAUGUUUCGUUAAAUCUUACUGCUGACGUUGCGUAAUCUGGACACUGUCUUAGUCGAGUAGUGAUUGUAUCAAAUUUAGCCUUAGCCGACAUCAUACGACAUGUCUGUCCGGAAGUUCUUCUAUUUCUCUCUAAUGCUCUUAUUAGAACAGGACGAACGAUCGGGAUUUAGUACAAAUUGCAUGCGCGAAUGUUCUUCCGGCGCGUAUUGGUUACUUUCCGAGAGACAUUUUGUAUAGUGUGGGCUUGAGCUAAAAUUUUUCGAUUAAGUAGUGAUCACACUGAAAGGUCGUAGCGAUGCUACUGCGGCGACGCGAUACGAUCGAUAGUCUAGGCGGCACCCUCUGUGCCAGUACUACCAUGCGACUUCGUAUUAGCCUUUCCGUCUGGUUACAAUAUAAAGAGCUUAGUAAUAAAAUAGGUAAGACGAACUUGUAAAAAAUGUACAAUAAGGUUGUCUAUACUGAUUUGAAUGACCUGGAAUUAUGAAUUAAUCUAAUUUAUUUAUAAAAGAAUAUUUUUUUACUACCAAUAUUGUGAUGGUUUUUAGUUAUAUUUUGAUUGAUAAACGCGAAAAAAAUACAAGAGUCAAAGACAAAACUGAACUAACCGCUAGAAUCAUUCGCUGUUAGUAUUCUUUCUAUUUAUUUGACAUAAGUUCCUAAAUCAAAUAAGUAAAAAAAAACAAUUAAAUUGUAUGGGUUUGUAUAAAUGUGGCUUAAGACGCGUCGCCACUCGCGAGCCGCGUGUUCGAACCCUAGCAAUGUACUGAGUGCGAGAAAAAGAUAACUUCGUCAAUUUAUUUAAUUAACAAGUAUUUUAUGAGUGUUCUGAAAGGUAAUAAUAAUUUUAUACUUUUAUAUUUUUUUGAAACACUUAUUGUAAAUAAUUUAUCGAGUUGACAUUUAUAUUAUUUAAUUUUGAAUGAUAGUUAUAAUAUGACAUGUAGUAUUUGUGAAACAAAGAAAUAAAAAAAACAUUCGUGCAUGCAUUUAUCUUAUUUUUAAUUCUUGAAUGGUGCUUCAGAGAGUAUUAGUGCCGGCUCUACAGUCAGUUGUAUCACAAGAUUGUAAAUAUUGAUCGUGUAAGAAACUUUAUUCGUAAAUUGAUCUUAAGUUCUAAGAGUAAUAAUUGAUCAUUGAAAGUGAUCCAGUUAACUAAUUUCUUUAGCAAUUGUUACCAUAAUCAAAAGUACACAGUAAUAAAUUUUAUGUAGAAGAAAAACAAUUAUUUUUUAUUGAACAACCUCUAUUUUGAUUUAUACUGUUUCCCAUUGCCCCCUUGACUCUGCACAGUAUAUGCAGAUCUUAUUGACCGUAGCGGUAUUUUAAGGCACCAUUCCUCAAAAAAAUCACCACUUAUAGUCGUAAUUUUCAUAGUCCAUUCACUAACCUUCUCGGGGAUUUCAAUAGCAUCCUGUGUGUUGUAAAUAAGUUUUAAAUGCAUGCAUAAAUAUCCAAUGUAGGCGUUAAGUUAUUAUGUCAUGUAGCGCUGAGACACUAGGGGUGUUCGUCAACUUCACGAAGUAAGUAUUAUUGAAACUGUAACAUCGAACCUAAUAGCAUUCGCGUGAAGUCGGCGAUCAACUUUAUUGCAUCGAAUUUAUGAUAACAUUUGAAAAGCAGAUACGAAUAAAAAAAUCAAUUUAAAACAAUUGUUCUUUAUAGAUGAUCCAUUAGUGUUUGUGACCUUGAAAAAACAAACUGUAAUUUUUGUUAAUAGCAUCACAGAGUAUUGCACUUAUAUGGUAUAGAUUGCAUAAAUUAAGAUUUUAUAGAAGUAUUGUUGUAGCGUUGCUAUGAAUUUAUUAGCAUGCGUUGGGUUUUCGGAUGGUUUUGCUAAAAGCUUGUCUAAAAAAAAUUGUUAUGUAAUAUACUCGAGAGUUCUAAAUACGUCGAGAUUCGAAGUUAUGCGUGUGUUAAUAAUUACAUAACUCCAAAACUAAACAGUUUGCACAUUUAAGACAAUAGUAUUUUUUCGUAAUUUUUCAUUAAUCAAUUAAUUAGCCGUUUUUUCUAUUAGCAUUGAAAUGUUGCAAAUAAGAAAUAUUCCGGCAACUAUUGUCUACUUAACGUCAACAACAAUUUCACUCGAGUCGACCAUUACCUAUUGACUGUGAUUUGUUUUAAUUUAAAAUUUGAAUAAUAAGAAUGUAUACUUAUUAGAAUUUAAAAGAGAGAAAAAAAACUAAAGCCUGACCAGAAAAAUAAAAAAAGUAAAAGUUGUUUUCAUAAUCUUUAAAUAAUUUUUAUAUCGUAUUAGAAUUAUUGACGAUUGUUCGCAAAAGGAUUAUCUUAAAGUUCUUAAUCAUUAUUAAUUUGUUUACUGAGUUACGAUCGAUACGAAGCGCGUUGACAUCAAUUGACGGGUGGUGUCAAGUGUGGCUGGCUAUUGUGCAUUAAAAGUAGUAUCAUUUCCUUACAUUUAUUGUUUUUUUUUUUCUGGUCCGUGUAAAACAAUAUUCCGACUUGCAGGGAAUGUCUUUUUUAUUGUACAUAGUAAUAUGCGAAUUCGUUCUGUUGAAAUAAUUUACAAAUAAAUAAAUAAAUAAAUGUGUAUUAUGAAUUUUAUUAAAAUAAUUUUGCAUAUAAAUUAUAAUACAAACGAGUGUUUAUAAAAAAAUUGAUUUUUUUUUCGGUAGAGUCGUGUUAUUUAUAUUUAGAUUUUCGUGCUCUAAGCGCAUGAUUUUAUAUGAGUAUUUUAAUUCACCGAGUGUUAAAUAUUAUAGAAAAUGGUGUUGUACGGACAUGUAAAUAUUUAAAGUAUUAGUGCGUAAGCGAAGUUAAUAUGUGUGUGCACUGUUAAUAUAAAUGUUUAUGUAUGUGUUAAACUUGCGUAUAUGAGAGCAAAGUAGUACUGUGUGUGUUAGUGCGGGUGUGACAGGACGAAAAACACGGCCCUAAAAGUAUGAGACAUUUUGGUUUAGUUAGAGAGCUUACUCUAUAGGAGCCGUGUCUUCGCCAUUAGUUGUCUAAAUGCUUUAACGACGCGGACAGUCUCUCAGUGGCUAGGUCGAUGACCUCGACUCGAGCUGUCGGUGUUGCGGUGUUGACGUGAAGCGAUGGCUGACCCUCUCGUACCAGUCAUUAGGUUAACAUUGUCCCUAACAUAUAUUAUUUAUAUUAUUAGACGAUGUAAUCAGUUAAGGUUUAGAUGUAAGAAUUUAAUUUCUUAUACCAAUAUCCGUAUAAGUAUUAUGAUCAAUAUUUCCAUUGUUUUUAAAUGAGUUAGAUACUUUAGUAACUAAAGGAUAAGUGUAACUUGUACAAAACUACUUAUGUACAGAGUGUAAAGUAGGAUAGUGGAGGGCGUGACGUUUUGUCGUCGCUCCUUCUGCUAAAAAUUGUGACGCGGGUCUUGUAAAUAUUGUACAAGUGGUCUUGUAAUAUAAAGUGUUUUCAAUGUGCACAUAGUCUCCUUAUUCAUUAAUAAAUUUUUUAGAUCAAUUAAUCGUUCCAUUUAAUUUUAUUUCGCAGCCUUGCACAUGUUUAUUUUGGAUCCUCGACCUUAGAUCUUGAUCCUUUACCUAAAAAUCCUAUCUGCCCGUAGAGUUAAUAAUGACGUAAAUUGACGUAAUUGUUGUAAUUAUAAUUCCAUGAUUUAUGCAAUACUCGUGUCCAAUAUUUUAAUUGUAUCAAUUAAAAUGUAUCCAUGAAAUUUAUUAAAUUAGUUUAAAAAUAUGCGCAAAAUAAAUUAUAAAUGUAAUCUUAGUUUGAUUGAUGCGCUGUAUAUUUUUUUGUGUUAAUUUUUGUUUUGAAUAUAAUUUUUAUGUAAUUAUUUUGAACUAUAAUUUUGACCCCGCUUUGUUAAAUAAUUAUCUAUUUAAUAAAAAACAUAUUUUUGAGUUCGAUAUAAGUAAGAAAUUAAUUAUAUUUUGUUAUUGAAAAAUUAAAACAAUGUAAAUUUAAAAAAA